AUGCUAACACAGCUAUUUCCAAUUCUGGCCUUCUGCGCCACCGCCGUGUGUUCCGUUCUGUGGAUCUCACAGUACUCCUCCAUCAAGAGCACUCCGCUGUUCAUUCUCCUGCCUUUGGUGCUGGCAGUCUACAUUCCCUUCUCCAUUGUCGUUCUGGUCCCCAUUGACCUUCUAUCGGCCAGCUCCAAUGGCGAGGGCCACCCGCUCUUCUAUCUCAAUGAAAACGUGCGUCUCAUUCUCUGGCGAGUCUCCUACUGGUUGGCAUUUGUGCUGACAUGGGCAGUUUUGCCCCUGCUGCAGAGCUACGUCGAAAGUGGCCACCACGACCCCAGAAAGAAGGCCCGGGAAGCAAUCAUGUACAACCUCAAGUACCAGGGCAUUUUGCUGGGCGUGGGUCUCAUUGGACUCAUCUACACCAUCAUCUCCACCGGCCUGUCAAUCACCAGUAUCAAGCAGGUGGCAAUUGCCCUGUCAUACUCCUACACGCUGAUUUUCGCCAUCUGGUUCAUGGGUCACGGCCUUGUCAAUGUGCCCCGACGACUCUGGAUCCUGGCGGCCCCCACUGAACGUGUCAGACAGCACUACAGAAAGGCCGUCUCGGUACACGACAGAUACGCCGAGGCCCAGCAAAAGUACAUUGAGGUGUCCAACGAGGUGCUUGCACUCAGAGUCCACCGAGAACACACCCAGUACACUAACUGGGUCGACGAGCUGUGUGACUCCAUCGAAGACACCUCCAAUGUGGUCCAGCUGCCUCCCAGAGGACGUCCCGCCACCGUGGAGCGAUCCCGGAUCUCCGAAGAGUAUCUGUCAAACCUCCAGAGAUCGUUACAGAAGGCUGAAUUCCGACUUAUUCGAUAUACCAUGGACUGGAAGAACUUGGUGGACGAAGCUGCGCGAGAUGAAGACAUUGUCAACUCGCACGGAGACCUCAAGUUCCGAAGAUCGUCUACUCGACUGCCGCCAAAUGUCGCUCACAUUUACUACUCUCUGGUUGAGCCCUGGGUAAUGCGUCUUGGAGCUGUUUUUUGGGGUCUGUUAUCUCUGACUCUGGUGUGGAGUGAAUUGCUGUAUGGAACCAAGUACUCGCUUGUCAACAUUAUCAUUUCGUCCACGCAGGGCUUUGGUCAGCAGGUCGUGUCUUCUUUUAUUCUCGGAUACAUGUGCUACACUGCAGUGUCGUCCCUCUUCCGAGUGCGUGUCUUCAACGUCUACGGUUUGGUUCGACAGCACUCUGACGCGUCGUCCAUGCUCUUCUACGCCAUGUACGCCUGUCGUUUGACCGUCCCCAUCGCUUACAACUACCUCAUGUUGAUUCCCUCUCGAGAGUCCGUUUUCCAAGCGUUCCUGGGCAAGUACAUUAACCUGACUCCUCUUGGCACCUUCUUUUCCGACGGAAUCCCCCGAUUCAUCCUCGUGCCUAUUGGCCUGACUUUGUUCAACGUCUACGACAAGAUCAAGGGCUGGUUCGGCUUCGGUUUGGACUUCACCGAUGAGGAGGAGGACUCUGACGACGCCUCUCUCUACAUUGAAGGCCGAGAUCUCAUUUUCCGAGAGAUUGAAAUGAAUGGACGAAGCUCUGGGGGCGUGCGAGUGCCCAACCCUCGAUUCGAGGUGCCUCCCGCGUCCCCCGAUACCCAGAUCACAAAAAUGUCCAAUAACAUAAAGGGUUUCUUUGGCAACUUCUCCGAACGAUGGAACAGUGGUCAGUGGACCCAGGAGACCCAGGCUCUCGAGGAGGGGCUGUUGGAUGAUCGAAUUUAA